CUGGGGACCUGCUGUAUGUUCUGCCUUCGUGUUUUUUUCCCCUCUUUAAGUCGUGUAACGGUUUCUGGUUUAAAGUAUUUACACCAACCUAAUUUUACUGUUUUAUUCGGUCUCGUUUAACACAAGGACUCAAUUACUCGGUGUUUUAACGCUUGAAGAAGAGCUGUUGCUCUGUAGAACAACGUUCCUAAGUGAUUAUUGUCUUUACGGGACGUUAAAAGAAGCUUGUUGGACAUUAUUGGGUAUUGUAUUAAAACAACAACAGAGCGGAAACCUGGAACAGAUUGUUUUUAAAUGUAGGUUACACAAACAAACAACAGUGUUUGUAAAUACUGUGUGUUUAUUUUAGUUUAUUAAGUAUUUGAGACUCGACCCCCAGGGUGUUUUUUUCCCCCUUCUCAUCGACGUGUAUUUGCUCCUUCUCCGUUUGUGGGUGGGUUAAAAACUAGGAAAUACAGAGCAACUGAUGACUUUAGACAGUUUUGAGGAAAGUGAUUCAAUGUUUUAAAUGAUAUUUUAACUCUUAGGGAUAGUAUUCUUUCUGUUUUUUUUUCUCCAUUUAAGCUGUUAAUAAGCUCAAUCGAAGAGAAAAUGCACACUGACCCCCCACAGCAUGUCAGAUUGCACUGGACAUCAUGUCUACAUUGAUUGACCUCAGUUAAGAAAAGAAGAUGUCCACUUGAGAGGAAGCUCAAGAUUUACCUCAUUCACAAGGCAUUUGUCAAUAUUGUGACUUGAGGGACUGUGAGAGUCAAAGCCCAAGCCGUCUGUGCCAUCCAAACUACUUCCUCCAGAGGACAAUCAUCGAUCAUAUAGCUUCCUUUUCAAUCAUGCGACUGUCCCCUUUUCUUGCUGUCUUCCGGCCAGCCCUGCCGCUCAUUCUGGGCCUAUCUUUGGGCUGUAGUCUCAGUCUGUUGAUGGUGUCCUGGACGCAGGGAGACACGGACGAGGUCUGCAGCGAUCAGCUGCGUCUCGGACUUCUCCAAGGCGCUCAAGUCAGAGAACCCAUGAGAGCAGACGGAGGUGACAGGAACGAGGAUUUCGAGCCACGCAUUGUACCCUAUCAUAAGGAUCCCAGCAAACCACAUAAGAAAGUGCUCAGGACCCGUUAUAUCCACACAGAACUUGGCAUUCGUGAGCGCCUCCUGGUGGGCAUCCUGACCUCACGUGCCACCCUUAACACACUGGCCGUUGCAGUGAACCGUACUGUGGCCCAUCGCUUCCACCGCACCUUUUUCUUCACCGGGCUUCGCAGUGCCAAGCUGCCACAUGGCAUGACCGUGGUUGCCCAUGGAGAUGACCGGCCCGUCUGGCUAAUGUAUGAAACCAUUCGCCACCUUCAUCAGCACCAUGGCAAUGAAUACGACUGGUUCUAUCUGGCCCAGGACGACACAUACACACAAUCAGAGCGCGUCAUGCACCUAGUGGGGCAUUUAAGUGCAGGGCAAGAUCUCUACAUGGGUCGCGCAGAAGAGUUUAUUGGCGGGGAAGAGCAAGCUCGCUACUGCCACGGUGGCUAUGGCUACCUGCUGUCACGGAGCCUGUUGGCUCGGCUACAGCCGCACCUUGACGCUUGUCGCAAUGACAUCCUCAGCGUCAGGCCUGACGAGUGGCUCGGGCGCUGCAUUAUUGACUAUCUGGGACUGAGCUGCAUGGAAAAGCACCAGGAGGUGACCUACUAUUACUUUGAGCUGCAGAAAAAUGCCGACCCGGAGCGCGAGGACAGCAUCCAGUUCAAGAACGCCUUCACCGUGCACCCAGUCUCAGAGCCUGCACUCAUGUAUCGCUUGCAUAAACGCUACAGCCAGAUUGAACUGGAUUGGACCUACGCCCAAAUACAGCAGCUACAGGUUCAAAUCAACAAUCUGAGCGAGCUCACUCCAGAAGGCAAAACGGGAGCCACCUGGCCCAUUGGGAUCAACCCGCCAUUCCGUCCCAAGACACGAUUUGAAGUGAUCAACUGGGAGUAUUUCACAGAAGAGCACAUCUUCUCUUGCGCAGACAGCUCACCAAAGUGUGAGCUCCGUGGUGCAGACCAUGCAGACGUUAACUCCAUUCUGGAUACCGCUGUGGAACGUUUAAACGAGCGCUAUCAACCACAGUUACGUUUCCGGAAGCAGCGUUUGUUGAAUGGCUACCGCCGUUUUGACCCCACACGUGGUAUGGAAUAUAUACUAGACCUGGCCUUACAGGCCUUCACACAGAAAGGCCACAGUCAGGUGAUUGCCAAGCGUGUGGGCUUGCUAAGGCCUCUUAGCACCAUAGAGAUUAUUCCAAUGCCCUAUGUGACUGAAGCAACGAGAGUGCAGGUCAUCCUUCCAGUUACUGCACGGGAUCAGGACUUUGUGGGCAAUUUUUUGGACACGUAUGUGAUGAACACAUUGGACACGCGGGACAAUGCUCUACUGACCUUCCUUUUUGUGUAUGACCCCUUUGAUGCACAAAGGGUCAGCCAGACAGAUGUCUUUGCCAGUGUGAAAUCUAUGAUUAGUGAGGUGGAGAAGCGCUACAGCGACGUGAAGAUCCCAUGGAUCAGUGUCAAAACAGAGGUUCCCUCACAGGUCAAGCUGAUGGACAUCAUCUCCAAGAAGCAUCCAGUGGACACUCUUUUCUUCUUAGCAAGUGUCUGGACCGAGGUCACUGGUGACUUCCUGAAUCGUUGCCGUAUGAAUGCCAUCAGUAACUGGCAGGUCUUCUUCCCUGUUCAUUUCCAAGAGUACAGCCCUGCUCUGGUGUACCAUGACCAGCAACCUUCUGCAGCUUCAUCCUUUUCUUCAGAGGCGCUCCGAGAUGGCCGCUUUGACCGGCACUCAUUUGAUGAGGCCUGUUUUUACAAUGCAGAUUACAUGGCUACCCGUACCAAGAUGGCCAACGACAUCAUGGACAAUGACGAGCUGCUGGAGAGCAUGGACAUUUACGAAAUUUUUGUGCGCUACUCAAGCUUACAUGUCUUUCGCGCAGUGGAGCCAGCUCUGAUCCAGAAAUAUGUACGGCGAGCCUGUAACCCACGUUUCAGUGAAGAUAUCUACCAUCGCUGUGUGCUGAGCAAUUUAGAGGGGCUGGCUUCACGAUCACACUUAGCUAUGGCUCUGUUUGAACAAGAGCAGGCAAACAGCACCUAGUACAUGUGACUGGAAAGGGAGGCAGACCUGCCUAUGGGGAGUGUCUCGGGAGUCUCAUUCUGCCAAUGCAAACUGUGAAAACCAAGCUUUAUUUUAAUGAUGAACUGAAGAACGUGUAAGAAGAUAGAAUUUGGGACUGUGUCAGUCAGUCAGUAAAGCAAACUCACUUUAAAACGACAACACUGAUUAAAUAUAUCGUAUUCA